AUGAGCUCUGCUCAACUUUUCUCCAGUAAUUCUCUUUCACCAGCAACAUAUCACCAUCUCUCAGUUAGCCUCAAAAAUGGAAGAUUUUUAUUUUUCAUUCCAUUCAGUAAUUCUAAAGUCGGUGCUUGUAUUAAUGUGGACGUUAGAGCACCAGAUUUGGGGAAAAUAGGGUUUGGGGCUGUUAGUAAGGAGGUGAUGGAGGAAGAAGGGAGGGUUUUGGUUGGGGGGACAUAUGCGAAAGCUCCGGUGGUGCCGUCCAGUGGCAAAGGUUGUAAAUUGUUCGCCGUGAACGCACUCGGGCGUGGUGAUCCUGAUUUGAUUAGAGCGGUGACGGAGCAGGCAACCAUGUUCACGCAUGUCGGCAAUGUUUUCUACUCAAUUCCGCAGGUGUUCUGCAGUUUGAGAUGUCUCCAAAGGAAACAUUAUGUGUCUCCAAAAGAAUUCAUGUUACUUCGCAUUUACAUGUUUGAAGAUACCAUUCUUAUUGUGGCCUUCCCAAUAACAUCUAAAGUACCAAUGGGAAAUUAUUAUGGUAAUGCUAAUCUUCUAUGCAACUAGUUUUUUUUUUUUUUUCUUUACAAUC